AUGGUCUUCCCACCACCCCGUUAUUAUCUCCACCGCCUUCCUCCUCACCCAAUCACCGCCCCCCUAAUCCAACCUCCAAAGCCAUCGGAUUCGACCGCAUCAACCUCGCGCAACCUCCAAAAUCUCCACACCAGGCCCGUCACCCUCAAUUCCUCCUCGAACCCCAGGGAUUUAUCGACAUUUCCCUCUACUCCGCACCACUACAAAUCACUCACAAUGCCCACCCCGGAGUCCGCCGCUUUCCUCGCGAAAAAGCCCACCGUUGCCCCGACCUACGAGGGUGUCGACUUUGAGGACAAUGUCGCUGUGCACAAUGCCCGUGAUGCUAUUAUCCGUGAGCAGUGGGUUCGCUCUAUGAUGUCACGACUGGUCGGUGAGGAGUUGGGCAAAUGCUAUGCGCGUGAGGGUGUGAAUCAUUUGGAGAAGUGCGGCACCUUGCGAGAGAAGUACUUUGAGCUCCUUGGUGAGCGUAAGAUCAAGGGUUACCUCUUCCAGGAGAAGAACGCCCUCGGCGAGAAGGCAUAA